UUCCGAAGUGGCGGCAGCGGCGGAUCCGGAGUGGCUCCCCUUCGCUUCCUCCGAGCUGGGCUACCUCGCGGGCCUCGCCCGAAUGGACCCCCCGGUCAAGGAGGGGCCACUCCUGCUCCAGCAGCCUCCCGGGGCGCUGCGCCUCGGCGCCAAGCGAUGGAAGAAGAGCUGGUUCGUGCUGUACCCAGCCAGUCCCCACGGCGUGGCCCGCUUGGAGUUCUUUGACUGCAAGGAGGGGGCCACAGUGGCCGACAGAGUCUGCACCAAGCGCCUGGACAAGAAGAUUGUGCGGCUGGCGGACUGCGUGAGUGUGGCUCAGGCUCCAGACUGCAGCACCAAGGAGGGCCUCUCUGCCUUCCGCCUUGAGACCAGCGAGCGCACGUAUGUCUUUGCUGCGGAGCCCCAGGAAACGGCUGAAUGGGUGGCCAGGCUCUGCGAGACAGCCUUUCCGGGCAACCCUGGCAAGAUGGGCCAGCCUUCUGCUGAGCGAAGUGGAGAGCGGGCCGUGGAAAUGGCCAUGAACGCUAUUUAUUACUCGCGAGAGGAAGUGAGUGAGUUCUGGGUGACGGUGCAGAAGACAGAGGCAGCCGAGCGUUGCAAGCUGCAAGGGGUGUACGUGCUGAAGGCCUCUCGGGACAGCCUCAUCCUUGGAGAUCCCCACUCCAACCUGCCCCUCUUCACGUGGCCCUAUCGCCUCCUCCGCAGAUACGGCCGGGACAAGGUGAUGUUCUCCUUUGAAGCCGGCCGGCGCUGUGAAUCGGGCCCUGGGAACUUCACCUUUGAGACCAAGCAGGGGAAUGAGAUUUUCCACGUCGUGGAAGCUGCAAUCCAGGCUCAGAAGGCCCAGGUGGAAGAGAACCGGCAGAGCAGCUGCUCCUUGGACUCCGAGGCCUCCGGCGUGGCCCAGAUCCAGAGCACCAUCGCGAACUUGCUCAGCCUGGAGGGCGAGGGGCCUGCUCCCGAGAGGCGGGCACCCAGAGCCAUGCUCGCUGCCAAGCUCAGCUUCGCUGCGGAGGAGAAGGAGGUGGCCGGCAGCCCUCCAUCGAAGGGGCAGAGCCUGCGCGAGCCUCUGGCACCGUGGCCCAGCACCCCACCGCGGUCUCCGCUCCCCGGAUUGCCUUGCCACCCGCAGCCCUCCGAGGACACGGCCAACGUCUACUCGGAGCCCCUGGACGCAGUCAAGGGCUCCCGCCCCCAGCCAGACACCCUCUACGCUGACCCCGUGGACAGCAGGCAUGACGGUGGGGCAGGCAAGGCAAACGCUUGGCCCCAGAGCGCCCGGCUGCUCUACGAGCAAGUGGGGCCCAGCGGCUGCCAGGGGCCACCACGCGGCACAGCCCAUAUCUACGACGAGCCGGAAGGCCGGGCCCCAUGGCCGGCCCCACCUCCCGCCGCCAUCUACGACGAGGCGCGCCUCCCUUGCGAGGCCUGGCGGACGCAGGGCCGGGAGAGCCAAGCGGGCUACGAGCUGCCGUACCUGCCUGGUGCUGGAGAUUACGCCGUGCCGGCCUUCCACCAGAAGGCAGGGCUCAAGGCUCCCAAGCCCUGCCCGGCCCCGAAGCCCCCCCGGGCCCACAAGCGGUCCCCUCAGCUGGGCGGCACCAGCGUGCCCCGGGCUCCUUCAGCGCCUGACGGGGACGGGCCGAAGGACGGCUCCCGCAACAGCAGCAACAACAACAACAACGACAAGAGCCGCGAGGCGGUGGGUCCCCGGGAGCCCAUCUACAGCCGCGUCUUGAAGCUGCCCCCGGUCCCAGCCAGCCGUUCGGGCCACGAGCAGUCUGUGGAUGAGAGCCGGCCAGUCUCUGUGUAUGAAGACCUGGGCGAAAUAUGAGGGCAGCCUGGAGCCAGAGCGUGCCCCCCCCCCCAGGCGAGGGGGGGAUCUCGUGGUCUCUGGGGUCCUGAGGAACUAGAGCGGGGCGGCUUUGGGCCAGCGCACGGUGCUCAGGCUUGCACUGCCGCUCGAGCGCAGCCGGGCUUCAUGACACACACACACCGGCCCCCUGCAGAUGGCAGGAUGGCCUUUGGAAGGUAUUUUUCUACAGAAGUUUAUUUUGAUAUUAAAGCCUUGCUUU